AUGUUCCAGCCCACCCCCAAGCGCUGCUUCACCAUCGAGUCGCUGGUGGCCAAAGACAGCCCUGCCUUGCCCGCCUCCCGCGCCGAGGAGCCCAUCCGGCCGGCGGCGCUCAGCUACGCCAACUCCAGCCCCAUGAACCCUUUCCUCAACGGCUUCCAUGCCGGCGGCCGCGGCGUCUACUCCAACCCGGACUUGGUCUUCGCCGAGGCCGUCUCGCACCCGCCCAACCCGGCCGCCGUGCCCGUCCACCCCGUGCCCCCGCCCCACGCCCUGGCCGCCCACCCGCUGCCCUCCGCGCACUCCCCGCACCCGCUCUUCGCCUCGCAACAAAGGGACCCCUCCACCUUCUACCCCUGGCUCAUACACCGCUACCGAUAUCUGGGCCACCGGUUCCAAGGCAACGAAACCAGUCCGGAGAGCUUCCUCUUGCACAAUGCACUCGCCCGGAAACCUAAGCGGAUCCGCACCGCCUUCUCCCCAUCUCAGCUGCUGAGACUGGAGCACGCGUUUGAGAAAAAUCACUACGUCGUCGGGGCCGAGAGGAAGCAGCUAGCGCACAGCCUCAGCCUCACAGAAACUCAGGUAAAAGUUUGGUUUCAGAACCGACGGACAAAGUUCAAGCGGCAGAAGUUGGAAGAGGAAGGCUCAGACUCCCAACAGAAGAAAAAGGGGACUCAUCACAUUAACCGGUGGAGAAUCGCCACCAAACAAGCCAGCCCUGAGGAGAUCGACGUCACGUCAGACGAUUAAGCCCCGUCCGUCGCGACCCACGAGCCGCCGCCGCCGCCCCCCCACCCGUGCUGCUGGCGCUGGCGAGACUUUCCCCACCAACCGCGCAGGUCUGCAGAGGCUCCUCCCCAGGGCCCCCAGGGAAGUGAGUGGCGUGGCGGGGCGAGGGACAGAACCGGCGCUUCUCCUUUCGAGAGGGCGGGGGCCGGCCGGCCAGCCAGCCCCGAAGUCACGCCGAACCGUGGCCUUGCUGGUCCAGCACUGGUACAAAGGGGGGGAGGGGAGGGGGGAAUCUGCCAAUCAAAGCCAAACCACCGGGACAAGAUGACUGACAGGCUUAAAAUCAAAUCACUCCAAAUUUUAGAAGGAAAAGGAGAGAGAGAAAAAGGACACUGGCAGGCACACACCACAUUACCUUUAACGGGACAUUUUGCAUUUCACAAAGGGGAUUUAUUCUGACUCAGAAUUAUUCUCAUUUUCUCUCGAGCCUUAGGAGAGAAAGUUCCACACCCAGCCAAA